CAGACAGCUCCUCAAAACCAGCACUUGUUCUACUGCUUUCCCUUUGUAGAAAGGGAUAAGGUGUUGAAUCGACACGAUUGCUUCUGACAAAUCACUGGUUCAAGGCACCGAAACAGCUGCCCCACUCAGUGUUUCUUCUCAGCCUCACCAAAGAAAGCGACAAAGGACUCUAAACAUGAGAACUCUAACUACUCCCGCAUCCGACUCAAUAACGAAUGGCCAUACUGAAUGGGUCCAGCUUUCUGAGCAUGGUAAUAGGCAAGUCAAGAAACAUGAGCUGGUACGGCUAAUGGUGCAAUCGUUACAAGAUCUGGGAUAUAGUACUUCGGCAACCACUCUCGAGAAAGAAUCAGGCUUCCUUUUAGAAUCUUCAACUGUGAUCCAGUUUCGACAAGGAGUUUUACAGGGCGAUUGGGCAAAAGUGGACGACCUGCUACCUUCACUGCAACUCAAAGAUAAUGCUCAUACUAUCGAACUUAAAUUCCUCCUUCGUCGGCAAAAAUACCUCGAACUCCUAGAAGAUCGUGACCUCAAAAAAGCCAUUCAUGUUCUUCGCAAUGAACUGGCUCCACUUCAAUUCAGCACAGAACAAUUACAUGAGCUUUCCAGUUUGAUAAUGUGCUCCUCUGCUGAAGAGUUACGGAAAAAUGCUGCAUGGGAUGGAAAAGAAGGAGCUUCCAGGCAGCAACUAUUAGUCAAGCUACAACGAUUUGUCUCCCCCAACGUCAUGGUUCCCGAGCAUCGUCUCAACACUCUAUUAUAUCAGGCAUUUGAUCAACAGCUGAACCACUGCUUAUACCACAACAACGAAGAAGAAAAAUUCCCAUUAUACUCUGAUCAUGUUUGUGACAAAACACAAUGCUUUCCAACUAAAACGAUUCAAGUUUUGGAGAAGCACUCCGAUGAAGUGUGGUACGUCGCUUUUUCAAACGAUGGACGAUAUCUUGCGUCAGUAUCAAAAGAUCAAACAUGUGUAGUGUGGGAUAUGACAACGUACGCAGUUACCGCCACAUUAGCAGGCCACACAGACGGUAUAUCAUAUUGCGCAUGGUCGCCGGACGAUAGAAUGCUCUUGACCUGUUCGUCAGACAGUAUUGUAAAGUUAUGGGACCCAUUUAGUGGUGGUCUCAUAGGAUCUUUCAAGAAACAUAGUGAUCAUGUCACUUCUUGUGCCUGGUUGCCAGAUGGCGAACAUUUUAUAACGGGUGGAUUGGACAAGUGUUUAUAUCUUUGGAAUGUCGAUGGUAAUGUGGUUUUUACCUGGCCAACCCAACGUGUGAUGGAUUUAGCAAUCAGCAAGGAUGGCUCACGGAUGGUGACGAUAACCUACGACAAGAAUAUUGAUGUAUAUGACCUGAAUAAUCUCAAGCCAUUCUGCUGCUGUGAGUUCAGUGAAGACCACAGCAUAACAUCGGUUUCAUUAUCGGAUGACGGUCGAUAUGCUUUAGUCAAUGUCUCUUCGGAAGAAUUGCAUUUGUGGGAUUUAGAUACCCAGACAUUAGUGAACAAGUACCGCGGUCAGAAACAAAAAGACAAUGUUAUUCGAUCGACUUUUGGCGGACACAACCAAGCAUUCGUGGUUAGCGGUAGUGAAGAUAACCAUGUCUACGUUUGGAAUCGAAAACACGGUUCUCUGUUACAAGUAUUGGAAGGUCACAAUGCUAUGGUGAAUAGUGUUUGCUGGAAUCCCAAGAAUCCCAAUCUAUUUGCCUCAGCGAGCGACGAUAAAACAGUUCACAUAUGGGGAAUAGAGCAUAAUACUACAGUAACAAACGGUUUAGGUAGCCAGUAGAACAUAUUGGGUUUACCCUGGAAUAAAUUUCCCUUUGUACAUCUUUUUUCAAUUUUUUUUCUCUCUAAAAUCCCAAUUCCAUGCGAGAACGAAUAA